AUGGGAGAGGUAGACCCUGUUUUUCUUCAGGCACCAGAACACAGGCCAAAAUCCUCAGUGAUAGAAGCUGAAGGUAUCCCUCUGAUUGAUCUUUCUCCCAUAAACUACCAAGAAGAACACACCAUCCCAGAAACAGUUUCCUCCAUCCAAGGCUUGGUUAAAGAAAUAGGAAGUGCAUGUAAGGAGUGGGGUUUUUUUCAGGUAAUAAAUCACAAGGUUCCUUUGGAUAAGCGUGAGAGGAUUGAAGAAGUUGCAAAAAAGUUCUUUGCACUUAGUUUGGAGGAAAAGCUGAAGGUGAGAAGGGAUGCUGUUAACGUACUAGGUUACUUUGAAGCAGAGCAUACCAAGAAUGUAAGGGACUGGAAAGAGAUUUACGAUUUCAAUGUGCAGGAACCUACUUUUAUUCCACCUUUAGCUGAACCAGUUGAUGAGCAAAACGUUCAGUUCCAAUGGGAUAAUCGCUGGCCUGAAAAUCCUCCUGAAUUCAGAGAAGCAUGCCAAGAAUAUGCAGAAGAAGUGGAGAAACUGGCUUAUAAGUUGAUGGAACUUGUGGCACUUAGCUUAGGCUUAGAACGAGAUAGGUUCCGUGGCUUCUUCAGACAUAACACCAGCAAUAUCAGACUCAACCAUUAUCCACCUUGCCCCUACCCUCAUCUGGCUCUUGGUCUUGGACAUCACAAGGACACUGGUGUCUUGACUGUGCUUGCUCAAGAUGAUGUUGGUGGACUUGAAGUUAAGAGAAAAUCAGAUGGAGAGUGGAUUCGAAUCAAGCCCAUUUUCAAUUCCUUCAUAAUUAAUGUUGGUGAUAUGAUUCAGGUUUGGAGCAAUGACGCCUAUGAGAGUGUAGAGCACAGGGUUAUGGUGAACUCUGAGAGGGAUAGGUUCUCCAUUCCGUUCUUUCUGAAACCAGCACUCUACACUGAUGUGAAGCCCUUGGAAGAGUUGACUCACGAUACAAACCCUCCCAAAUAUACAUCAAUCAACUGGGGCAUGUUUCGCACCACCAGAAUGAGGAGUAAUUUUGUUAAAUCCAAUGUUCAAAACCUCCAAAUUUAUCACUUCAAACUUUCCCAGUAG